CAGUAGCGGCAGCUGCAGGGAGCUCUGGGUAAGGAGCGCUGGGGCUGCUGCAUUAGCUGCUGCUGCUUUAGGAGCAAGUGAGAGGCAGCCGCUCUGAAGCGUCCGACUGCAGCCGUGCUGAAUCACCGGCGCUGAUUAAUCCCUCCAGCCCGCUGCCUGCCCGCGGCCGCAGGAUUGCGAGAGGGCUGGAGUGCAUGCAGAGUUCAGGCUCCAGUCCGGCUGCGCACAAUGGAGGAUGAAAGCAUCAAACAGAGUUCCCAGUCACCUGAUGAAGCUGAAGAUAAGGAGAAGGACCAGCGCACGGUAACAGUCAAUCCUUCUCACAUGGGAAAGGCAUUCAAGGUCAUGAAUGAAUUACGGAGCAAGCGGCUCCUCUGUGACGUGGUGAUUGUUGCCGAAGCCAUUGAGAUGGAAGCCCAUCGCGUUGUCCUAGCAGCCUGCAGCCCCUAUUUUUGUGCAAUGUUUACAGGAGACAUGACUGAAAGUAAAGCAAAGAAGAUUGAAAUAAAAGACGUUGAUGGGCAAACACUGAGUAAGCUGAUUGAUUACAUCUACACAGCUGAAAUAGAGGUCACGGAAGAGAACGUGCAGGUUUUGUUGCCAGCUGCCAGCUUAUUGCAAUUAAUGGAUGUUAGACAAAACUGCUGUGAUUUUCUCCAGUCCCAGCUGCACCCCACAAAUUGCCUUGGAAUUCGAGCCUUUGCAGAUGUGCACACCUGCACUGAACUUCUGCAGCAGGCAAAUGCCUAUGCAGAGCAGCACUUUCCCGAGGUGAUGCUAGGGGAAGAAUUCCUUAGCCUUAGUCUGGACCAGGUUUGCAGUUUAAUAUCAAGUGACAAGCUCACUGUGUCUUCAGAAGAAAAGGUCUUUGAAGCUGUUAUAUCUUGGAUAAAUUAUGAGAAAGAGUCUCGCUUAGAACACAUGGCUAAACUGAUGGAGCAUGUUCGUCUGCCCCUUUUGCCCAGAGAUUAUCUUGUACAGACAGUUGAAGAAGAAGCUUUAAUCAAGAAUAACAACACGUGUAAAGACUUCCUUAUUGAGGCCAUGAAAUAUCACUUGCUUCCUCUGGAUCAAAGGCAAUUGAUAAAGAAUCCUAGAACAAAACCAAGGACUCCAGUUAGCCUGCCAAAGGUAAUGAUUGUGGUUGGUGGGCAAGCGCCCAAAGCCAUCCGAAGUGUGGAGUGUUACGAUUUUGAGGAGGAUCGGUGGGAGCAGAUAGCUGAGCUUCCCUCCCGGAGAUGCAGAGCAGGUGUGGUGUUUAUGGCAGGCAACGUUUAUGCGGUCGGGGGGUUUAACGGCUCUCUCAGAGUGCGAACUGUAGACGUGUAUGAUGGCGUGAAGGAUCAGUGGACGUCAAUUGCCAGCAUGCAGGAACGACGAAGCACUUUGGGGGCAGCUGUGCUGAAUGAACUCCUGUAUGCUGUGGGCGGAUUUGAUGGAAGCACUGGUCUGGCAUCAGUAGAGGCCUAUAGCUAUAAAACCAAUGAGUGGUUUUUUGUGGCUCCCAUGAACACAAGAAGAAGCAGUGUUGGAGUUGGAGUUGUGGAGGGUAAGCUGUAUGCUGUGGGGGGUUAUGAUGGAGCAUCACGUCAGUGCCUUAGUACCGUAGAACAGUAUAAUCCGGCUACAAAUGAAUGGACCUACGUUGCUGAUAUGAGCACUCGGCGCAGCGGUGCAGGCGUCGGUGUUCUCAGUGGACAGCUAUAUGCUACUGGAGGGCACGAUGGUCCCUUGGUGAGGAAGAGUGUGGAGGUUUAUGAUCCAGGAACAAAUACCUGGAAACAAGUUGCAGAUAUGAACAUGUGUAGAAGAAAUGCAGGUGUGUGUGCUGUGAAUGGGCUACUCUAUGUGGUUGGAGGAGAUGAUGGUUCUUGCAAUUUGGCCUCUGUAGAGUAUUAUAAUCCUGUCACUGAUAAAUGGACGUUACUGCCAACAAAUAUGAGCACUGGAAGAAGUUAUGCAGGUGUGGCUGUGAUUCAUAAACCAUUGUGACACCUACUCCAGCUAAUGCAAGGAGCAGCAGUGAAGUGAAUCGCCGUGGGUGUUCUCGAGGAGAGGCCUGACACCUGAUUGAAUCCAACUUACUGCUGUUGAACUCCUAGCGUGGCAAGUGCUGCAUUAAGAACUUCCCCUUCCGUGGAUAGUGCAGCGACGUGCCAAUCCUAAGGUGUUGCUUGUUGUCCUUGGUGCAAUCAAUUCUCUCUGAACAGCCGGUUUCCUGGGAUAAACAUUGUGCUUAAACUGAUACCGGAGAGACUGAAUUUCGUGUGUGAAACAAAACGCUACUGUAGGGCAUGUGAGUAAAAACCAAUAUACUGAAUGUCUUCACUACUGAUACUUUGUACACACCUUGAGUUAAGCUAUUUACUCACUGCUCCUGGAACUUACUACUGACAGUGGAAUCUUCUAACCACCAAUCAUCAGAAAUAUACUGGACCGGGGUGCUGGCUUGUGUUUGACUCUGUCUCAGUCACAUGUAUAUAUGUCACUGGACAACUGUAUGUAUCCCUAGCACACUUAUGAUAUGAUUGGAGAUGUACAUUGGAUGAUUGUUUUGCUAGUCACAUAGCUGCUUUUAUAUACAGGAUAGGAUGUGCUGGGCAAUGGUUUGCCCAGAGAAAGGUGAAUACCCCACCCCCCAAAGGUUGUUAAUCCCACAGGAACAUGCUGCUCUGGAGGGCCUUAUUGCUCCCAUAAAACAUGUACUGUUCGAACUAAAAAUCAAGGAAGAAAGUCAUACCUCUGUGUCCUGCAUUUCAAGGCCAUUUCGGAACAGAGCAUUUAAACAUAAGGGUGUGUCUUACUGAGUCAUUGACACGUCUCACCUGUAUCCAGCCAAAUAAUCCUCCCCUCACCCAAGAAGUGAUUAAAGACCAAGAUAAAAUGCC